UCUAGGCUAGCAACAUUUGCUAUUUCACCCUUCCGAGGCUGACGCGACAGCGUGCUCGUGCCUUGUGGCUACCUAGUCUUGCCACUUACGUCCGCUGGUCAGUCCCUUGAUCGAUCAUUCGAUCCCUUCCCAUUACGAUAUUCUAGGAUUCGACAAACCUCUGAGGUCUCGUUUCCAUUACACUGCGAAACGUCCACUAUGGCUGCCACUGUCACUCGCACCGUCUGUUCCCUGCGACUCGCGGCGAAUUCUCUUCGCACGAGCGUCCUGCGACCCUCCACCUGUCGCACGGCGUCCGUCGCACGCGUCACAGUUGCUCCAUGCCGAGCGAUUAGUCUCAGCCAAUCAGCGAAUCCCGGAUCGCGAGGGAUCCACUCUGCAGCCAAUCAGGGCCGACCAUCCACGCGGCUCCGCGCGUUCGAGAUCUCCGGGCCUGGCGCCGUCAACUCCGCAACGGCCACCGCCAUGCGGGAAAAGAUUGCUUUGGCACUGGAGGCAGACCAAGUCACGGUUGUGGAUGUCAAUGGCGAUGGCCAGCAUGUCAGCAUUGAGGUGGUGUCGAAGCUGUUUGAAGGGAAGCGCAGCCUGGACAGGCAGCGCAUGGUGUACCGAGCUAUCUGGGAGGAGCUGCAAGGCGCAGUGCAUGCUGUGGACUCCCUCGUUACAAAGACACCAUCUGAAGUGUAGCAUUACAUCUAUUUAGCCCUUAUAGUUUGCUUCUAUAGGUGGAAUUGAUAUGCUUGCCUGAAUCCGCUUGCAUUCACUGCAACAUCGAUGCAACUGGAUGUCUUCAGCAGCUGGUGCUAAUGUCCUAGCCAAUUUCAU